AUGAAAGAUCACAUUUGCAAAGAGUGUGGAAAGUCUUUUAAACAAAGGAGUAAUGUUACAAAACACAUAAAUCUUGUUCAUUUAAAAAUCAGAGAGCACACGUGCAAGGGAUGUGGAAAGUCUUUUGGUGAAAAAUAUCACUUGACCAAACACAUUACCGUGGCACAUCUAAAAAUCAAAGAUCACACUUGCAAAGAGUGUGGUAAAUUUUUUGGACAAAAACAGAAUUUGAUGCAGCACAUAGAUCUUGUUCAUUUAGAACUCAAAAAUCAUCAAUGUAAAGAAUGUGGCAAGUUUUUUGGAAAAAAACAGCAAUUGAUAGUGCACAUAGAUACGGUUCAUUUAAAACUCAAAAAAUACAAGUGCGAAGAAUGUGCAAGAGCUUUUGCUCAAAAUGAUAAUUUGCAAAGACACAUAAACGCAAUUCAUCGGAAAAUCAAAGAUCAAAAAUGCGAAGAGUGUGGAAAACUAUUCGGACGAAAAAGUACUCUUAUGCAACACAUAGAUCUUGUUCAUUUGGAACUCAAAAAUCAUCAAUGUAAAGAGUGUGGCAAAUUUUUUGGACAAAAACCUCAUUUGAUGCAGCACAUAGAUACAGUUCAUUUGAAACUUAAAGAACACAAGUGCAAAGAAUGUGGGAAGACUUUCAGUCAAAAAAAUCAUUUAAGGAAACACAUUGUCUCAGUUCAUGAAAAAAUAUAA